AUGAACAAACACACCAAGAAUCUUUUGGUUUUUCUUUUAAUUACAGGACCUGGAUUGAUUUUGUCCGUGCAUGCGGCUUUAUGCGAUCCGUCAAUCGCCCCCUGUCGUGAAGGCAGUUGUAUGCCGUGCAAUUUGGGAAAAAAGCAACCUGUGGAACAAGACGAUUGCACGGAACCGAAUGGAUGCCCUGAAGUCACCAUGGUAAAAAUGGAACCACCUGCCUCGGUGUUUGAAUUUAGGCCCCAAUCACGGUUCACUAAGCCACCCACUACCUGUUUAUUUUGUCUCUUUAACUGGAAUGGAUUUUUUUGGUAUUAUAAUGAUUAA